GAUUAGCUAGCAUGAACAGAAAGGCGGUGUGCAUCUCGCUUGUGAUCCUCGCGCUUAUGCUGCUCGCCGGCCCAGGCGCGAAGGCGGCGGCGCUCUCCGGUGACACUGCCAGCGUCGACGCGGUGCGGCAGCUGAUGGCGACGUCGUCGUCGCCGAUGAGGCUGGGGGACGUCGUGGCGCCGGAGCUGGUGGUGGUAUCCACCGUGGUGGACCUCGGGGUGCACCGGCGCGUCCUCGCCGGCAUCGACCCGGGGCCACUGAACGGCAACAAGCAAGCCUGCAGGCCCAAGUGCGCGCAGCCCGGACAGCCCAACACCGGCCGGAACUGCCUCAAAAUUUACCGGUGCCCAGGAGGAAACUAA